AUGCAUCUUUCAACCCUCAUUAGCGGGUUAUCCGCGAUUGGUGGGCUCACCGUGGCCCACGCCGCUGUGACCAACCCGGUUAUUGAAGCCGAUGACUUCAAUGUCACCGCCGCAUUGGGGGAUCUUGGCGUGGAUGUGUCAAGCAUUCCCGCAUUGGAGCCGUACACCGGCCUCGAGGCACGGUCAACCGACCUGGCCUGUGCAGCUGCUUGCGCAAGUUUGAGCUUCGUAUUUGGCUCCAAAGUCUCCGGUCAGGGGGCUGAUGGGUACGACAACUUCACUAGCUCGUUCUGGUCCGUGCAGCAAGAAGAGGUCGAGCCCCGUUGUGUUUUCCGUCCUACCAAGAACACGGACGUCAGCACUGCAGUUUUGCUUGCCCGUUUGACCGGUUGUAAGUUUGCUGCUCGUAGUGGCGGUCAUGCUGCCUUUACCGGUGCUUCUAGCGCCCCUGGCGGAAUCAGCAUCUGGUUCAAGGAUAUGAAUGCCGUUACCCUUAAUGCGGACAAGACGGUCGCUUCUAUUGGUCCAGGAAACAACUGGCUCUCUACCUACUCUGCCCUCGAGCCCUACGGCUUGGCUGUUGUUGGAGGCCGUGCUUCUAGCAUUGGUGUUGGUGGUUUCGUUCUGGGUGGUGGAAUUUCCUACCACUCCAACCUCUACGGAUGGUCUUGCGACAACGUUGAGAGUUUCGAGGUCGUUACCGCCAGUGGUCUGAUUGUGACUGCGAGCGCAACUUCCUUCUCUGACCUGUACUGGGCUCUGCGUGGUGGCGGCAACAACUUCGGUCUUGUCACCAAGUACAAUCUGUACACUAUCCCCGCCCCACACAUGUACGGUGGUGCCAGAACCUUCCUUCAGACCGCGUUCCCUGAUGUUAUCAAUGCCUGGGUCAACGUAAUCAACAAUGCCACUGUUGAUGGCAACGCCCAGCAAUACGUCGCCUUCCUCCAGACCCAAGGAAUGAGCCUUGCCUCCGCCGAGCUGACCUACCUGAAGAACGACUCCAACCCCGAGAUCUACAAGCAGUACAGAAGCAUUCCGGCCAUUUCCGACACAUCCAGCUCCAAGAGCCUUGUUGAGUACGUCAGGUACCUCGAGACCGAGAACCCCUACCACCUUCGCGAGGUCUACUGGCCCAUCAGUGUGAACCUUGACGAGAAAUUCGCCAACUGGGUCGUGAACCUCUGGUUCUCAAUGAUCCCCCAGAUGGCCAAUGUUACCGGUGGCCAGCCCGUGCUCAUCUACCAGGGUAUCACCGAGCCCAUGUUGAACAACAUGAACAACUACGGUGGCAACCCUCUCGGACUCGCUGGCUCCGCUGGUCCUGUCCACCUUUUGCACGUUGCCUUCUGGUGGAAUAACUCCUCUGACGACAAUACCGUCUACGCGUUUGUCAACAGCUUCUUGGAGAAGGUCCUUGCUGAGGCUAAGGUCGUCGGCGUCUACAACGAGUACAUCUAUAUGAACUACGCCGGCAUGUUCCAGGAUGCUAUCGCUGGAUAUGGUGCUGCCAACAAGGCUCAGUUGAAGAAUAUUGCCAAGAAGUACGACCCCAGAGAGAUCUACCAGGUUCUUCAGCCUGGCUACUUCAAGCUUGAGGGUUCUCCCGUGACCCCCAAUUUCUAG